CAAAAUGGCGGUCUCUGCAUACGGCUGGCGAUUUUAGAUUCAUUAAUGUAUUAUCUCUUACAAAUAUUCCACUAUGAAUGCGUAUUUGGGCGUGCUGCUUGUUGCACUACUGAUGGUUCGACGAUCACGUCAAAUGGAAGAACAUCAAAUGUCAGAUGACGAUGAGGCUCGAAUGGAAUGCUCUAUGCGUAUGUUUAACCCGACAACAGUGGUGAAGGUCCCAUUUGGAGUCUUGUUUGAUGUGAACCACGACUGCACAAACCCAGACCUUCCAAUCAUCGGCAAAGGCGAUUUGAAAUUGCGUACCUCUUUCAUUGAAGGCACGUGGGAUGUUCAAGUAUCCUUUGGAAACGAUGUUCAUUUAGCAAAACAAAUAAAUAUGACAUUGAAUCUUGAUAGGCAGUCUUCAGAGUUUUGUCAGAUACAAGGUAACACUGCUAUAUCUUCGAACGAGUUAGCCGAUGUUCCACUCGGUGAGACGAGAUUAUCGAUUGAUAUGGUGGACUACAAAGCGCACGAUUCGCCCCAUCUUUUCUUCAUGCAGGAUGUCAUUAUUCAAGAUGGCGCCACGAAUUCAGAAAAUUGUCCGCCAUUGUACGAAGCGAAAUUGGGUUUUCAAGCAGCUGAUAUGCCAAACCUGCCAGCUUUCUCCGAGAAUGAUAACACUGAAGUGAGUUGUUCUUUACCAAUUGGACGCUGGUCGUUCGAAGUCACCGCUGCCCAUCACAGUGUAAAACGAGAUCUAAAUGUUGAUAAUAGCGCUAUAAUCAACAGCCUGUUGAUUCCACCUAUCGGAUACGCUGGCAUGAUACCAAUGGGCAUUGCAACUGUGGCUGAAGGAACCCAUUAUAAAUCAUUCAGUCUCACUGGGAACGUUUAUGCUGGUGUUAAUCCUUAUGAAUAUCAACCACAACAUCCAUCGGAUAAUAUGGGUUGCCACGACCCAUACGCAGACUCUGUGAACAAAAUCAACUACGUGUCCAUGCACAUAGAACAAUCCAAAUGUGAUGGUGACGUCAGAACUGUUCCAACAAGCGGAUCGUGGGAUAUAAAGAUUGUUCCCAUUGCUCCCGGGGAAUGGGAAGGUACUUUGGAAAUAUUAUCUUUAGGCACAGUAGCUAGUGGUCUAUAUUUCAAUUAUGUGAUGAUGCCUGCAGACGACGGGUCAUUCUUAUGUGGGCAUUCUCCAGUUUCAAUCACCAUACCAGAUGUUUCAUAUUUUGACUUAGUUGACUCUGAAAUAUAUGAAAUAAGGAUGAAUUUUACAUUUCUGAUGGAGGACGAUCUUAGAUUUUCUUUCAAAGGGAAGUUCAAGGCAACAAAUACUGCGGGAUCUCCGAACUGCAACGUACCAAUGUUUGAGGGCAACUUUGGUUUGACAAGUCAGACGCCAGCUGAAAUGGUGCUUCCUCAUUCUAAAGACUCGUUUGCUCUAUAUUCUCUACCACGUGGUCAGAAUUGGGCGGUACUGCUUGAGAUAGGUGGCGCUCCAUAUUACGCUUUCGGUGAAACAAAUGGUAUGGACGACAUGCGAACUGUGUACAUGAAUCCUCAGCCUGACAGAUAUCCAGGUUUAUAUCCUCUAGUUCUACGAGCAUCUGAUUCAGCCCGUGGAAUUGUAUACGAGGUCACAUCCAUGAUUCAUCUGGAGGAUCUGGAUCAGCAACACUAUUAUGAUCAGGGGCCACAUUGUAAUAUGGACUACAGUAACGAUUUGUACACAGUUGAUUUCAGUAUAAGAGAAGGCAUGAGUGAUGGAGAAAAGACUGUUAUUGCCCUUGAUCAAGACAUCACCAUUGAAGCAAGAUUUAUACCAGCUUUGUGGACAGUUCAAGUGAAAAUAGAUGACUUCUUCUAUGAAUCUGAGGCAGAGACACACAUGGUAAACUGCACUGUCGCUCCAGCGGUAAUUGAAAUACCCAAUGAUAAAUGGAAUGGUAUGGUUAGCACUGGUGACAAACUUCUUACAAUCAAUAUGACAGCAGCAGAGGGAGGAUUCAGUAUUUCAUACAAAACUAUAAUUAGUGUACAAGACACACCCCGGGGUGAUGCAGAUCGCCAGCAACUGUACAGGAACGAAAUAGGUUUAUCAAGUUCGAACCCCAAUCAAAUGUCUUUACCUGCUGAUGCAAAUCUUUACUUCAAAUACAGAUUCCAGCCAACAAAACAACGCGAUAUCUCUCUUAAACUUGGGGAUAUCAUUUAUGAGAAAGAGGCUGCAUCUGACUCUGGUAAUGUCACAAUUCCACCAGAUCGUGACGAAGGGACAUAUAUGUUUGAGGUUACCAUAACACCGCAUGGUCAACAAAGCCAAGAAGAGUUCCGAUUGGUUACUAUGUUAUUUCUUGGUGAAUUUGAACCAGGGAAUUACAAUGAAAACCAAGGUUGUUACGAUCCGCAAGCUGGGAGUACAGUAAGACUUAACAGAGUGUCGGUUCAUUUGGGAGGUACAAUGUGUGAUAAGGAAGAUACUGUGUUUAUAUUAAGGAAUGAAUCGCUUGAUAUUAGCGUUACGCCGCUCUUUGAAGGAAGGUGGAUAGCUAUUGUACAAGUGGACGAUACGACAAUCCAGAAUACAACAAUAGAAGCAAAUAUGAUUAGAGCGGAAGAUCAACUAGGCACAUGUUUAAGUUACCCAGUUCACAUAAAUUUACCAUCAGAUGUAUAUCUUGAUGAAGGUUUGCGCAUGGGCAAAAUUAAACUCAUACAUAUAGAGACCAAUAUAGCCACAGAAUGGAGCAGACCCUUUGUUGUCAUGGAUCAUCCACAGGAGCUUGGUCACCACCAAUGUAAGGACUUCGAGGCAACAUUUGGCCUCACUAGUCAAAUUCCUGACGAGAUUGUCAUAUCACAAACUAAUAAAAACCAUAUGGUAUACUCUCUACCUGCUGAUAAAAGUUGGGAUGUUUAUUUAGAAAUACAAGGGAGGAAUUUUUCUAAACGUGUUGUUCCUUUUUCCAACGGUGGGCCACUAUCGUUGGAAUUUACUACCUCUCCUACGAUGCCUCCGGGUCAGUAUGACAUAACAGCAAGUGUAUUUAGUCUAGAAACUAACGAAACAUUUGUGAUAUUCUCCAAAGUCAAAGUAGAAGAUCUCUCCGUGACUGGAGGCCAUGGCGGUGAUGGAAUUAAAAAUGAAACUCCCGACACUGAUUGCAAUAAUAUGGAUCCUAAAUCAGACAUACCUCCUUUUGCAAGGUUUUCAAUAGGGAUACAAGAAGGUGAGUGCAGUGGAUCGAAGAAGGCCUCUAUGACACUUAGUAAGCAAGGUCCAUGGACGUUUGCGGUACAGCUGCCAAUUUAUGGAGUUUGGAAUGUAUCAGUGACAGUAGGAAGAUAUAACAUCGGACCAUUUGAAUUUUUAAACAUGCCAAAUCUGCACAAUGUUGGUGGGCAUGGUACAUCGUGUCAGGCUCCUGAUAGUUUCUUUGAAAUACCUGCCAGUAAAUUAGAAAAGUUCAGUGGAGGUGUUCAGAAACUUACCGUUGUGAUGACAAUGUCGCAAGAACCAACAGAGAUGGCAAUAAUGAGGGUUUCAUUCUCAAAUAUGGUCGAGAUAGAUUCAAUGCCCCGCAAUAAGAGGGCUGCAAGUAAUAGCGUUGAUACUUGCUCAUUGUUCGGGGGAGAGUUUGCACUUUCUAGUCAGUCAAGUCGAGGAAUGCAGCUUUCAAAAUCGAAGGCAAAUGAGCUUUUUGUUAUGUUAGAAACUGGGCGUUGGGUGGUGGUUACAUCGUUAGCUGGUAACGAGGUGAAGAAAACCAUUAGUGUGAAAAGGGCGUCUACUAUCAACAGAAUGACGGUUGUUGCUGAUCCAACUGCUUCUUCAGGAACAGCUCUGUUUACAGCUAAAGUCAAUCCAUACAGAAAAGACUAUGGAUUUUAUUUAUCAAUACCUGUGUUUAUGAUGGACUUGGUAGCAAUUAAACAGAAUGGUUCAACUUGUAUUCUUUCAAAAGGGAGAAAAAUUGUAGCGAUAUCUGAACAAUACCCUGUAAACGUGACAGUGACAAUGCCAUAUCCUGGCAGUUGGCAUAUUCGUGUUAAUCUUGGAGAACAGCAAUGGGAGUAUAUGACACAGGACCAGAUGGCACAUACAUUUCAUAUCCACCCUACGGUUAAAGGAAUCCACACUUUACGUGUAGUUUUACUGGCAGACGAAGGAGCUCCAAAUAAGGUCGAAGUCUCGAAUUUUGAAGAGGAAGUUGAAGUAAAGCAAUACCAAGCCAUUGAAAGCAAAGAGCGUAUUGAAGCUAUGGUUAAUGAGCGGAAUCUUGCAGUAGACCAAUCCUAUCAAUUCAGUGCUGAUCUUACUUCGAUUGGAGAGGCGUCACAAGUAACUUUUGUUGCUUACCCCGAGAGAGAAUACCCGUCACGCUACGUUGAUUAUUCAAAAAUACCCAACGAAUAUAGACCCCCUCCAUUAGCUUCUGAUUUCUCAAAGGUAAUCAAGGAUUUCCGGAGUGAAAGCAAUGGAAAGGUGUUACAUUCUUACACCGCAAAGAAGAUUAUUCAAUUGCUUAGAUUGGAGUCGUUUACAUCGUUCUCGCCUCCAGGAAGUGACCAAAACGAGGCAAUGGAAUCGCCUGCUGGGCAAAAUGGUUAUCACAACUCUCAAGGCGAAAAUAAUGACUAUAAUGUGAAUGGCACCAACAGCUAUGGACACUAUCAAACGAAUGGCACGAACACAUAUGAAAACUAUCACACAAAUGACACCAACUACUAUUCUGAUAACUAUAACGAGACGCACUAUAGUAAUAUCGAUCAGUUUACACGGCAAGGUGGACCUGAAGUGCCUGUUCUAGUGACAGUUGCAAAGUGUGGCGCCCGACGUGGAACGACUAAGGCUUCCAUGAGGCUCCCUGCAGGUCAAUAUAAUGUGCAGAUGGUGACGGGUAACCCAAGUGGCUCCAUCGUAAAAGAAAUGGGAACUCUCCAGUCACUCCAUCCAAUUGUAGCUGAAUCUAUUGACAUAUCGCCUGUAGCCAAUACUCCAGUGAUGUACCCUGACAUGGUUGUGUUCAACUAUGAACUUGAUCCAACAGACCCUCCGCCAUCCGAAUGUCACUUUAAGUUCGAUUUCGGCGACGGGACUAGUGACAACGGGACUGCCGAUUUCUCGUACGCCAACAAAGGCCAGUUGGGGCAUGCGUAUCUACCAGGCGAAUAUACAGCUGAAGUAACUGUAGAAAAUGCCAUCAGCAAAUUCAACAAAAUACUCCCUGUUAAAGUAUAUCAACACAUUGAAGGUCUUUAUUUAGUAGCUGAUUACGUAAGAAUUGUUAAUGAUACAAGGGGUCCACCACCUCGCGUCCCACGACCGAUGUAUGUAAACGGAAGAGCAGAAUACAUCGGUGUGUCCGCACGAUUUAAGACUCAGUCGCCAUUUGUUGUCAGAGUAGCACUGAACGAAACAGGUACCAAUGAUACUAUCAACACUUAUACUAAUUACAAAUGGAUGGUUGUAAAUGUUUAUACGCCUGGAAACCAUGACAUGGCCUCCACAAGAUGUAAGGGCUCAGGAUGCAGAGUUGCUACUUUUAUAAGGGAUGCAAUCACUGACGUUCCUGUGUUAUCAAUUGACACACUUCGUCCAGGAUUCUAUAUGGUAUCUUGUGAGAUUCAACGUGAUGGAAGUUCAUAUUACCUUGCUGAUAUCAUUAUUGAGAUAACACACCGCGUUGAAUUAGCGGUGGAGCGUCCCUUUAGGAGUCCAAAUGCCGUCGAAAAUAACAUUUUUGCAGUCGAGAAGAACGUGCAUGUGAACAUGAGACCUUUAACUGGAAUGAAAACAACGGGAGGCGAGUGUCUGCUCUAUAAAUCCAAUGAUACUAUAUCAAGAGAAAGUAUUGAAAAUACACUCUUACGUGUUGAAGAAGUUUUAUUCCGUCCUUAUGAUAGUGAGACAUAUGGAUCGAACAACGGAAGGGGCGGAGUUGAAAACGAUAUCGAUAUUGAUGUUAACCCUGAUAUCUACGACGUUAUGAGCGUUUUUGGUGACGUUAUUACAUCAUUUAACGUAUCUAUAACACGUAGGCCGUCACACGGCCAGCUGGCGCUGAGGAAUUACGGGCCUGGUAGGUACACACUUGGUUGCAGACUCAACCUUGAUACGGACUUACACGACUUUGUACUCAAUGCUACGCACUUUGAAGCAGUAAGUAGUAAUGGACCCGUGUUUCUCAUCAACAACAACCCAAUUGUAAGAAAUGAGCUUGUUACUUUCGUCUUAUUUGCCCAACGUGUUGGACAAAAUUCAACAUUUACCGUGAACUAUGGAAAGAAUGAAGAAGUGACCUUGGAGGCCCCGAGUAAAAUUGCAGACAUUGAACAAUAUAUUCCCGAUUAUAUCCAGCUUCCAUUCAAUCCAGAGCACGCACUUGUGACUGUAUUUACGCAUAACUAUACAAAAAUCGGCAUGUUUCCUGUUGAGGUGACUGCGGUUGGCUUAACAAGUACUCAAACUACUCGAUCAAAGGUUGUCGUUAUGAAAAAACCAUGUAAACUACCAACCGUAAUAAUGAAAGGGGGUGGCGCGACAUCCGAUUCGACUAUCGACUAUUUGAAGUCGAGUCCCAUACGGCUAAGAGCACGGAUGAGGUUGAACUGCGAUUUGGUUGCCAAGGUGAGGUUCGAAUGGACCAUUCAUAAAAUGGAGGACGAGUUCGACGAGAUGCCAUCUAUAGAUAAUCAACUCCCUCGUAUACGAGGUACAGACUACGAUGAGCUAGACAUACAAGUUCGGAGAUAUACCCUUGACUCUGGAAAAUAUUUGUUUUUAUUGAAGAUCAUAGUUCCAUCUGAUCGAGAUUCAGGACUUAAUUUGGAGAGUCUCACCCAGGCUUGGAUUACAGUUAAAGAGCAACCCCUGAUUGCAAGAAUAAGGGGAGGAAAUGCAAAAGUCAUCGGCUGGGGAAAAACAUUGAAAAUGGAUGCCAGUUCUUCUAGAGACCCGGAUGUACGUUCCAAGUAUGAUCAGGAGUUGCGCUAUUUCUGGUACUGCUCGAAAAGUAAUGGUUGGCCCUCGGAUCCGACUUUUCCAACAGAUUGUUAUACUGGUUCGCCAAGUACAGGUAACCUCAACAUUCAUACCUCUGUUGUGAAACUUGAUACAAAUAAUUUUACUGCUGGACAAUUUUACACUUUCCGCGUGAAUAUCGAUAAAGAUGAUCCUGAUUUCGAGGACUUGCGAACGGCUAGCCGUGAUCAAAUAGUCGAAGUUGCUGUAGGUGAUCCACCAAAUAUUGAAGUAGCAUGUAGAAGAAAUUGCAACCAGUAUGUCAUAUCUUCUCAAAGAGUGGCUCUUGUGGCCAAAUGUUCUAACUGUUGGCGUAUGACGGUGACGUAUACAUGGGAGGCGUAUUUAAAUGAUGUUCUGCAAACUAACUUUGAGUGGAAACAGAACACUCUAACUGGAAAGAAUAAAAGGGCACUUGUUCUUCGACCAUAUGCAAUAGGAGCCAGCGGACAGGAGAACUGGAUGUUUAAAUUAACAGCAAGUUUCCAAAGUGGGGCGCAUGGAUAUUCGCAAUACAGUCUCCAGACUAAUUCCAAACCAACCGUCGGCGAGUGCACUGUGGCACCAGAAACGGGCCAGGUGCUCGAAACGUACUUCAAUAUUACAUGUAGUGGAUUCAAUGACCCCGACCAACCACUGACAUACGAGUUCUUUACUGUAACGACAAACAAGAGGGGCAGAACAAAAGAGAACCUUCUUUCAUUCGGCACUGAUGAAUUUAUGCCAGAAACGUUUCUGCCAGUUGGUGACGAAAAUCGAAACAUGACUUUGGAUUUACUUGUCAGAGUUUCUGAUUCUAUUGGUGCGGCUGUUGAAGUAAAACUAAACGUCAUAGUUAAUGAACCAUUGGUAGUUAUUGACGAGGACACUUUGAAGAAUAUGACAUCUGGCGAAGGAGGACUUCUGCAAAACCUAAAAGAUAUGGGGGAUACCCAGAAAGUUGCCCAAGUCCUUGGAACAUUCUCUGCUGUAAUAAACAACCUUGCUGCUCAGGACAGGUCAACUUCGAGUAAUGGAACAGUUACGAAGGAAGCAAAGCUUAAAAGGAAACAACGAAAGCUGGAACGUAUGAAUAUGCGAAAAUCAUUCAUCGAAGAUCUUGGCUCAGUGUCGGUAAAGUCAAUGGAGUCCUUGAAACAAACAACAUCAGCCUUGACUGAAGUGACAAAAGAGGUGUCAGAACUUCCCCCUGAAGCUAAGGCUGACGCUGUUAACACCAUGAAAGAACUCAGUAGUUUCCUUAGCAAUUCAACAGAAGAUGAAACAAGCAGUGAGGAUAUUAGUAAAUCAGCAACGAUGUUGGUAUCGGGUCUGAGUAAUUUACUGGCUUCCAACACAGCAGAAAGCCCAGAAGAAACAGAUGAUGAAGCUGACGAUGAGGUUGCCGUAAAAGCAACCACAGCACCCCCUCUAACAAAAGAAGAGAAAGCCCAGGCAAAAGAGCUAACCCAAGCAACAAUGGAAAGCCUUCAGUUUGUGAGAGAAGCCUUGUCAGCGGGACAAAUUCCAGGGGAGGAGCCUACGGUAAUUGAAACGGACACAAUGAAAAUGCAAAUCGACAAGCAAUACACAGAAGAUCUACUGCUCGGUGGAUCAUUAUCAGGUAAUUCCUCCACUGGGUCUGCAAACACUGAAUUCGUCCUUCCGUCCAAUAUAUCUUUGGGAGAUGCAGAAGCUGUUGAUAUUCAGAUGAUUGGUUUUGAAGUCAAUCCGUAUGCAUGGAAAGGUGACCAAAUCGAUAGCCAAGUAAGUCAGCUAGAACUGCAAGCUGAGAAAACGCGCAUACCCGUGUCGGAUCUCGAAACUCCUAUAGACAUUUACAUACCAAGAUCGACAACACCUUCGGCAAGUUCCGUUAACACAAACAUAAGUUCCGAAGGACGGGAGUAUCUACAGUUUGAAAUAACAUCCGAAAGCAAAUCUGGCAUCAUCAAUCUAGCGAGCAAUAUUAGUAUAGAUGCAGGGGUUGAAAUUGUUGUGAAAAAAAGCAAUAAUGAUCUCGAUGAAGAUCUGUACACUGAUGUUAUUAGAGCUGAGGAGUUGAAUUCAACUGGUGGAGCAACGCUUGUGAUUCCUGAUACAGCAUUCACAGGUAAAGGCACGUACUACAUAGGAUUCCAUGUGGUUGAUGCCUCCGAGAACGAGGAAAUCAUCAUGGAGGUAUCCACAAGCGAGGCUGGCUGUCAAUACUGGAACGAAGCUACAGAAGAUUGGGAUUCCAGUGGCUGUAACCUAGGGAACAAAUCAACAUCUGACGUCAUACACUGUCAGUGCGACCACCUGACGUCUUUCUCAAGCACGUGGGUCAAUAUGCCCUCUGGCCCUCCCGUGUUCGCACCUUCAGGUCCAAGCGCGGCUAUCAACCCCACUAGUAUCAUCUUAAGCGCGUGCUUGAUAAUUCUGUAUGGUAUUGUCACGUGGUGGGCCAUUGGACAGGAUAAAAAAGAUUAUCUCAAGGCUAGUGUUAUUCAGAUCCCCCAAAGUGAUCCCGAUGCUACGUACUGCUAUAUCAUGAUGGUGUACACCGGAAGAGUCACCGGCGCAGGGACAUCUUCCAAGGUCGAGGUGGCUAUUGAAGGUACUAGGAGUAGUAUUCCGUUUGUGAUACAACCUCAGUCUUUGGACACGAGCAGGAAGGUCCAUCAACGUGGAGACAUGGAUUCAUAUCUGCUUAGGACAAAAGCGCCAUUUGGUGAUAUUCGUACCAUAAGGGUCUGGAUAACGGAAACGGGUGAUUCUCCAGCAUGGUUCUUGGACAGAAUCGUGCUCCAUGACCCACAGACCGAUCAAAGCUGGUUUGCCAUAUUCGACUCGUGGUUUUCCAGUGUGACGGCUUCUUCUAAAACAGACAGACAGGUGAACGUCUCCGAUCAGGAGAUGCGAAGAGUCCCGUUCUCAUAUCGAUUUAAAUCAAAUCUAUCAAGAGCUUUCCGCCAACAUCACGUGUGGUUUUCCCUGUUCCAUAUUUCUGUGAAUUUGACCAGAGUUCAGAAGGCAUUGGUGUGUUUCUCUCUCCUUUCAUCGUUCAUGGUAACGACAGUUAUCUUCUAUGCAUCUGUCACUAGCAUUCCAGACUCUUACCAGUUCCAUGUGCGUCAAAUUGUUUACGGCAUCGAGGGUUGUCUCAUAGCAGCCGUGGUGAAUUCAGUUGUUGUGUUCUGCUUCAGAAUGGCAAUGCGACGGACUAAGAGUGGCGAUACCUCGCACGAUCUAAGCACUUCACGACCAAGUCAGCAGAAAGAUCCCGGAUGUUGCCCGUGGUGGUUCACUUUGAUUGGCUGGAAAAUCGGAAUGGGCGUUGCCAUGGCAUCGAUUGCUCUUGCAAUAACGUAUUCUCUUCAAUACAACUCUGCCAUUAUUUCCGAAUGGGCAGUUUCAUUGGUGGUUGCUGUUUUGUUCAGUGUGUUCAUAGUACAAGUACUAAAGGCUGUCGUUAUGGCAACCGUCAGCACAAUACAACAUCGUGUUCUAGAGUUGGAAUAUGUUGACGUUCGGAAUAUACAGAACUUACAACGUAUUUAACAGGGACUACAGUUGUCACUAAUGUAUGCGGACCCUCUGCCUUGUACUACAUUAGUCAGUAGACAGUAGAGAGAAACCAGUAUUGAAAUGGCCAGUAUUUAAGGAACCGAAAUUUUAUGUUCUAAAAAACGUCCAAAAUCAUUAGAAUGUCCUAUUUAGUAAAAGGCAUAACAUGGAAUGAUUGAGAAAAAUGGACAAUUAUUAUAUACAAAGACAACCGUUAUAUCUUAAUUAUAUAAUUUUAUAUUGUUAAGCCUAACUAUUUUUUAAAUAUAGCCUUUUGAAUGAAA